UUAGAGGCACUGGGUCUCCGCGGCCAGAGGAGGAAGAUGGCGUCGCGGAGGGACCGACCCGGGCCGCGCGGGCUCUUGGCGCCGCCGCUGCUGCUGCUGCUGCUGCCGCCGCUGCUCGCGCCCUGGCCGGCGGCGGGCCACGGCGGCAAGUACUCGCGGGAGAAGAACGAGCCCGAGCGGCCCCCGCAGCGCGAGCCCGCGGCGGAGUUCCGCAUGGAGAAGCUGAACCAGCUGUGGGACAAGGCCCAGCGGCUGCAGCUCUCCCCCGUGGACCUGUCCGAGCUCCACGCCGACCUGAAGAUCCAGGAGAGGGACGAGUUCGCCUGGAAGAAGCUGAAGGCCGAAGGCUUGGAUGAGGACGGGGAGACGGAGGCGAAGCUCAUACGCAACCUCAACGUCAUCCUGGCCAAGUACCGGCUGGACGGGAGGAAGGACGCCCGGGCGCCCAGCAGCAACUCCCUCACCGAGGGCCCCGAGCAGGACAGCCUGGAGGACCCCCGGCUGGAGAAGCUGUGGCACAAGGCGAAGACCUCCGGGAAGUUCUCCAGGGACGAGCUGGACAAGCUGUGGCGGGAGUUGCAGCACCACCGGGAGAAGGUGCGAGAGUACAACGUCCUGCUGGAGGCGCUGAGCAGGACCGAAGAAAUUCAGGAGAACGCCAUCAACCCCUCGGACAUGCGCCGCGCGCAGGAGGAGGUGCUGCACAGCCGGCACGCCGAGCUCAAGGACCGGCUGCGGCGCAUCAGCCAGGGCUACGACCGGCUGCGGAAAGUCAGCCACCAGGGCUACGGUGCCGAGGCCGAGUUCGAGGAGCCGCGAGUGAUCGACCUGUGGGACCUGGCCCAGUCGGCCAACUUCUCUGAGAAGGAGCUGGAGGCCUUUCGGGAGGAGCUGAGGCACUUUGAAGUGAAGAUUGAGAAGCACAACCACUACCAGAAGCAGCUGGAAAUUUCGCAUCAGAAACUGCGGCACGUGGAGCGGUUUGGCGACCAGGAGCACCUCAGCCGGAACAAGGAGCGCUACGCGCUGCUGGAGGAGAAGACCAAGGAACUGGGCUACAAGGUGAAGAAGCACCUGCAGGACCUGUCGGGCCGCAUCUCCCGAGCGCGCCACAACGAGCUCUGAGGACGGCCUGGCGUGGCCGCGCUCGGGGUGGCGUCUGCGUGAGCCGGACCUGGGACCGGGGACAGCGUGGCCGUGACCAGCAGGCGGCGGCCUCAGAGCCCCCAGAGCCGCUGCCCCGCGCCGAGCACUGGUUUGCCUGC